CAGUAGAAGAGUAAAAACAUGGCAGCGAGCAUCAGUUGUAUAAAGCACGCAAAGUCGUGCGUUAAACACUCGCUGUUCUUCACCGUCCAGCGGCAGACGUCCCCGGCCGGUGCAUGUGCUCGGCGGCCGGCGGAAAUUCGGAGUGUGAGAGCCGCUGCCAGCGCCACUGCGGACGUACAGCACAACGAGAGGUUCUGCUUGGAGCUGGUCAGGUCCAGGGACUACGAGGGCUUCGUGUGCUCCCUCCUGCUGCCGGAGGCGGCACGACGCUCUGCCCUGGCUUUGAGAGCCUUCAAUGUGGAGCUAGCGCAGGCAGGUGAAGGACUCUGUUUCUCAGAAGUCUCUCGGUCUGAUGCGAAUGCAGUUCUGGAAGACGGCCAUAGAAGACAUCUACAGAGACAAACCACCCAACCAGCCAGUCAGCGGCGAGCUGUGGAGGAUUUUGUUUCGCAGGCGGUGAAGAAGCAUAACCUGACCAAGAGAUGGCUGACCAGAAUCAUAGCAGAAAGAGAAAAGGAUCUGGAUGACAGAGGUUACCGGAAUCUGCAGGAGCUGGAGUCAUACGCCGAGAACGCGCAGUCUCCACUCUUGUACCUGCUGCUCGAGUCUUUAGGUGUGAAGGACGUCCAUGCAGAUCACGCGGCGAGUCACGUCGGCAAGGCGCACGGCAUCGUGACGUGUCUGAGGGCGACCCCUCAUCACAGCGGCCGGCGCAGAGUCUACCUGCCCUUGGACAUCUGCAUGCUGCACGGAGUUUCACAGGAGGACUUCAUCCGCCGCAGCCGGGAGCAGGACGUCCGGGACGUGGUGUACGACGUAGCCAGUCAGGCUCACGUUCAUCUUCAAAACGCACGUUCGUUUGGCCCCAGCGUCCCGGCAGCUGCGAUGCCGGCCUUCCUCCACACGGUGGUGCUGGAAGACUUCCUGCAGAGGGUGCGAAAGGCGGACUUUGACAUUUUCCACCCGAGCCUGCAGAAAAGAAACCCUCUGCUCGCCAUCCAGCUCUACCUGCGGUCCUGGAAGAAGACUUACUGAAGGCCCUUCCGAGGUCUUCAGAGACUUCUGCAGGAGGAUCACAGACAUGACAUGAAGCAGACCAUUUAGAGUGGAUAUAAAAAGCUUACACACGUGUUUGGGAGAGUUUUUCAUGGUCCAAUGAAACCAAGUUAGAACGUUUUGGCCAUAAUUCCAAAAUGUAUAAUUGGUGCAAACACAACACUGCUCAUCACCACAAGAAGACCAUGCAGGACCUAGAGUGGAGCAUGGUGGUGGCAGCGUCACACUUUGGGGCUGGUUUUAGCUGGAACUGGGAAAUAAAUAGCUGCCAUUGUUAGUACAAAACCUUCAGGCUUCUGCUGGAAGCCAAAAGCCAGGAAAAGCCUACUAGAACAUCUGAUCUUUAUUUGAGAUUAAUCAGAGGAACUAGAAAUAGUGACAGGUAUGUGCUGACUCCCUUUUAACUUGAGUUUGAAUGUGAUUGGUUAAUCCGCUAUAUGCGGAGUGUCACGUGACCAAACCCGGAAAACACGCUAUAUCUUAAUGAAAAGAGUAUAACUACAGUUUGAUUACAUGGUGGUUUGAUGCCAAACUUAGUAAAAUGUUGUUUUCUUAAUGGCUGGUGUGUUCGGGCAUAAGGUAAAUAGAUGUACAGUGGAGCCCCGCUAUUUGCGCGCAAUAGGGACUGGCCCUAAUCGCGGUCUCCUGCUAUGGGGUUCCACCAUUUAACCAAGUGCAUCGACCUGUUCUGCCGAAUGCGGAACUAGUUUGCGCAUAUACUGGCUUCAGAACACAGCCACAUCCAAGUUAUGAGAGGGUGCAAACAUUAUUUUUCCCCCCUCUCAAAAAGAUUUAUUAAAAUAAUGAAUUCCGUUGUAGAAGUCAAAGGUCCAUUAAUGGUGGAAAAAGUUUUGAAAGGAUUUAUAUUGUUCUUUUUUUUUUUUUUUUUUUUUUUACACACAUCACAAAAACCUGUCAUUUGAGCCGUGGUGUAUAGACUUUUAUCCUCUGUAGGUAAUGUAAAAGUAUUUCUGCUUGGUUACUAUGGUUUGGAGCUUCAUCAUGUGGUCUUCCGAAUUCGGA